AUGGUGAUCAUGCAGCUGGGUGUGACGAGGAGAGCUACAGAUGCCUCUAGUGUUUGCACGGGCAACGAGCUAUGUCCAAAGUCGGCCAGCAUGAUUAGCCAGAUGGGAUCGGACAGUGUAGCCGGCCCGAACUAUGACGGCGGAGCGGACAGAUUUGUGGGAAAAGCAGGUUGUGUGACAAGUGGAAUUUGUGUAUCUUGGCCUGUCCGCAUGGCCUCGUCCAAGACUAGGCCAGAAUAG